ACAGGCCUGCUUUCGACCUGCUAAGCCCUGAAAUGCCUUCUUUUUCGAUCUGUUGGUCCCUUAAAAUUUGAACCUGGAAGGAAAUGGAAGAGGAAAACCCUGGAAAUAAAAUUAUUUUAACGUUGUUGAAUGGAACUGGCUAUGUUUUUGAGGUGGAGGAUUACAUGAAACUAAGAAGAGACCACCACAUAGUUGGCUCUUUGGUGGGGACCUGUGCAAGCCGGGGAUGGUCAGCCAGCGAAUGCACAAUGCCCGUUGAAUUAACACCCUGGGAGACACGUCUAUUGGUGGAACAGGGCUUGGCGGUAUUGGUUUCAAAAAAGACAUCCCUACUGCGUGAAGAAAAUGAACUGGAACGUAAACAAUACCAAGAGCAGUUGGAGCAACGAAUAUCGCAACAAGAGGAGGCAUUGAAAGAAGAAAAACUGAAACAGUCAGAGGGAAAUAUUGAGAAAAUUCUGGCGGGGAAACGAAAAAAGUUGAUGAAGCAAGGAAUCGCAGAAAAAGACAUAAAAUUGGAUCCCCAGGAAAUACUCAAUGAAAUCAGGCAAAGUAUCAAAUUUGAAAGGAAAAAUGCUUUACUGGACAUACCCUGCGCCCAUCCAGAACCUCAUGAUGGCCGCAUAGUAACAUUCCCGGACUCGGAUACCUCUCUAAAAUAUUUGGUAUUUCGUGAUCUUUGGUCACGGGGGAAAUAUGUAUCAUGUGGUGAUGCUUUUGGGGCCGAUUUUCUUAUCUAUCCCGGUGAUCCGUUGCAAUAUCAUGCCUCACAUGUUGUUGUGCUCUUGGAAAACGGUUCUAUGAAAGCUUUAGAACUUGUGGCCAAUGUUCGUCUAUCUGUGAUGGUUAACAAACUGUGCGUUGUGGCUUAUUUUGACAAUGAGGGAGAUAAGGAUGGAGGAGGGAAAGAUAGAAAGAUUACAUACCAAACUAUAACCUGGAUGGGUGAUAAGGAUAAAGAACGCAGACAAUUUGGAAAUAUGAAUGUGAAUACUUCUUAAUUAGACAUCAUUUUAAAUGUCUUUUGCGUAUACAUUGGUCAUCCUAAGAAGUAAAAUGAAAUAAAAAGAAAAAAGAACUCAACUGAUGAAAAGACAAUAUCAAAAAUCCUCGCAAAAGUAUGAGAGCGACUUCAAAGCAAAAAAAAGAUAAGAGGAAAACCUUAUACGAUUCAAAAUACAAUGAAGGAAGAGAAAUUCACCAGAAAGGAAAAAGAAAUGGAUAAAGAUCAUGUGGUGAUGCUUUUGGGGCUGAUUUUCUUAUCUAUCCCGGUGAUCCGUUGCAAUAUCAUGCCUCACAUGUUGUUGUGCUCUUGGAAAAUGGUUCUAUGAAAGCUUUGGAACUGGUGGCCAAUGUUCGUCUAUCUGUGAUGGUUAACAAACUGUGCGUUGUGGCUUAUUUUGACAAUGAGGGAGAUAAGGAUGGAGGGAACGAUAGAAAGAUUACAUACCAAACUAUUACCUGGAUGGGUGAUAAGGAUAAAGAACGCAGGCUAUUUGGAAAUAUGAAUACUUCUUAAUUAAACAUAAUUCUGAAUGUCUUGGGGUAUACAUUGGGCUUCCUAAGAAGUAAAAUGAAAUAAAAAGAAAAAAAGAACUCAACUGAUGAAAAGACAAUAUCAAAAAUCCUCGCAAAAGUAUGAGAGCGACUUCAAAGCAAAAAAAAAGAUAAGAGGAAAACCUUAUACGAUUCAAAAUACAAUGAAGGAAGAUAAAUUCUCCAGAAAGGAAAAGGAAAUGGAUAAAAAUCAAUUUCAAAAAAUCCCCGUUUAUUUGCAAUUUUUAUCAUUGAUAUCCCACCCCCGCAAUGAGAACAAAAUAGAGGCAGAUUUAAACUGAGAUUUCUGAUGAGAUAUUCGGCAUCUAGACGUUUUGCAAAGAAGCCAAACUUCAUUAAGCGUAAGGUUAACAUGAAAUAAAAAGAAAAACCCCAACUGGCUAAAUCAUUUUUUCAAGAAAUAUA